UCCAUCCAUCAGUCAGUCACUUGGUGAUAGUCGUGGGGGACGGUUGUACGCUCAUCCGUUACGGCCGAUAUUCACGCGGACAACUGGGUCACCGGGUCCGAACGCAAAUUACCUAACAAAUCUGAUUUAUUGAGUGUAGUGAAUGAAUAUAGUGGUAGUGUUUUGACAUUCUUUGUCUAUAAUAAAAACAAGCGGCGCUUUUGAAGUGUACGUGAUGCGUGCGUGAGCGCAGCGCAUGACGUGCUACGAAACGCUGAGAGCUUCGGCACCCGCCGCGGACGCCCCCAUGGCGCACCACUUCGUCAAGUGGUGGCGCAACAAGUUUAGAAAUGGAUAUAAGAAAUUCAGCAUUGGUACUGAAGGUGAACGUACUGAUACGGAGGAGUUGGUCGGCCGCGCUGCCUCUCAGUGUUCCGCGCCACCGGAUCUUCUUCCGAGCGAGGCCAGAACGUUGUUACAGUCGGCCACCCCGCCGCCCCCCGUGCCCGCCAGAAGAUAUGAACCCUUCACCAAGAGAAUACCAUCUCCAGAUAAACCUAAUGAAGCUCUAGAUGACAAACCGAGACUGAGGUUUGAAGAAUUAACAUGCGAUGUUGAAUUACAACAUUCCGAGUCCUCUAAGCAGCAGCCGCUGCAGUUUUCGUUCACUCUUUACGAUCUCGACGGUCACGGACGAAUGACUAAAGAUGAUAUAGCCGGUAUAGUGUCGACGAUAUACGACUCGAUAGGCAAAUCGGUGACGGUUCCGCACUAUGGAUCUAAAACUAUACAAGUGAGACUAACGGUCGUUCCGGAGGACGGGCGGAGGAAGCGGCGGGAGAGGAGGGAAGCGAGAGAGGGGAGGAAUGGCAGGCGGAAAAAAGAAACAGCCGUUAAUAUACCAGAAAACAGUGAAGAGGAACAUCAUGAAAGGCUGUCAAACGAAGAAGACGUCUCAUCGAAAUCCUCCUGCUCCGAUGACAGGAGACCGCCUCAGAGACCGCCGCCCGUCCUGCGUCAAAAAUCACACAGACAUCCGAAAAGGGAACUCCGGGAGAGGAAAUAUGUUAAGAAAAGAUCCGGCAGCCUACAACGCCGGGAAUUACUGGAAAUUAUACAAGCUAACAUGGAAAAGAAUCAUCUGAGCUUUCAAACGUCUAGGUUAGUUACAAAGCCCAGCGAGGUCAUAGUUAACGAAGAAGAUAUAGCAAAUAAAUACCAGAAGCUUCGGAACAGAGCAUACACAGUGACUGAAAAACCAGUUAAUGUGAUGAAAAGGUCCAAACAGGAGUCUCCGAGCCACGGAUAUCUGGACCUGGCUUGUGGAGGGGACUCAAACUUAUGUAGAUACGAUAGGUACUUACACGCUGUGAUAUGUUCCUCAGCGCGUCACGCUCACACUGGUUACCAUCAGAAACAAACGCAAUCAUCCAAACAUAAAACAUCCCACAACCCUAACUCAAGAUCGAGGUCCCAUGACCACCAUCAACCACACUCCACCCAACCCAGAGUAUUGCAGAUAAUAUUCUUAUAGAAAUUAAAUUUGGGCAUGGUCAAACACAACUAUGUCCUUAAAAUAAAAAAAAAUAUUAAAUUCGUUACCAAGGCUGUAUUGAACAAAUUUAAAGAACAUAGUACCUUUUGUUGAGGGUUUAAUGAACUUGAAUUGGUAGAAUUUUAUUGUUUAACAAGCAAUAGUAAAACUCCUGUCUCAUUCCACAAUUUUAUCUAAUAAUGCAUUUUGUUAUAAAUAAUCUAGGCUCUAAAACAAGUUUGGUAUGUAAUUAUAGCAUUUAAUUAUGUCGGAGCUGAAUGAAUUUGACUACGUAAUUAUGUAUUUAAAAUAUGGAAUAUUAACUUCAUGAGCUCUUAAUUUGAAUAAUUAUAGUGCCUUAGCACUUGAAUGAAAUGUGUAGUAAAUUGAUUUUAAUCGAGUGUAAGGGAUGAAUUGUGUAUUACUUCAAUGCUCAUUAGGGUAAUGUAGACAUAUAAAAACUCAUUUUAGAGUUGCAGACUGAUCUUAGAUUAAGUUUUAGGUGCUUAAACUGAUGCAAAUUAAUUGUCUGUAUGUUUAUCCAAAUUUGAAUUCUCAUAAAAACUUAUUCUGUUUCCGUAUUGCAUUACCGGUGUCAGUAUUCACUAUAGCAAUGAAUGAAUCUCUAAAUGUUUUAUCUACCUCUUAAUUUUUACUUUACUAGUUGUAACUUAAGUAUUUAUUGUAACAGCUUAAUCCUAAAAUUAUGUUAGUAUUACUUGUGAUAGAGUGAUUCUGGUUCAUGACAAUAUUUCACUCGGUGUGUUAUUGAUGUAAGUGUGAAUGUCAAGUGUAACUGAAUGUGGUUAACUUUGUACAAAUAGAUUGUAUUGUUUUAAAACUUCAACUGUUUUGUUACUUUUAAUUUUUUUUUGCUGUUGUUCCAUUUUAAAUUGUACAGUACAUGCAGUAAAAGCUUGAUCUUGUCAAAAAAUAUUUAUUAUCAAAUAUAAUCCUUGUGGUUAGUAAGAAAA